ACAUAAACAUCUCUUGCUUUUUCCUAAUCCAACCAUGGCCACACCUGAUGAAGCUGCAGCUCUUGAGUUCAUCAGGCAACACCUUCUCGAUGAAUUCGAAUCAUCUCCUAUCCACCAAAUCUUCACCCAUCAUUGCACCACUUCUAGCUCCAUUUCAAGCUCUCACAGUGAUUCUUCAGAUUUCACUAAUCAUUCCACUACUUACGAUCAAACCCCUAAUACUGGUCAUUUUUCGGAAAAUGAAGUCAUAAAACCUGAAAUACUCGAUUUUGUAUCCUCGAAUCCGAUUGAAAUUAGAUCCAGAAAGGCGCGGCAGGAGUUUGAUGAACGAUCAGCUACGAGGAGAGAAGCUGAGAGAAAGUACAGAGGCGUGAGGCAGAGGCCGUGGGGGAAGUAUGCGGCGGAGAUCCGAGAUCCAAAACGCCGUGGAUCUAGAGUUUGGUUAGGUACGUUUGAUACUGCGAUUGAAGCUGCAGAGGCGUACGAUAGAACUGCGUUUAUGAUGCGAGGUAGCAAAGCGAUUCUCAAUUUUCCACUUGAGGUUGCGAAGUUGCAGAAGACGGAUGACGGAGGCCAGAAAAGGAAUAGAUAAGAAAAUGUAAUGGAGAUGGAGAGGAAUUAGCUUAUGGUGGAUGUAUACGACCGUGGAUGAUCCAGAGAUGCCGUCGUCGUCGACUUGGAUGACCGUCUGGAAGUUAAUCGGAGCUGUCGUGUGCGGUGUUUCUCCUCCGUCGACCUUGCCGUUGUAGAAAUUAUUUAGAGCAUGCAAAACGAAAGUUAGUAGCAUAUAUCGGAGGUUUCCUUCAAUGAAACCGAAUUUUGUUUGUCUUAUUUGACAUAAAUAUUCCGAUUUCAAACUUUAAUACAAGCUUAAUGCUUUGUUGA